AUGGAUGGCCCAGGUGGGCCUCCGUAUGCGCCAGGCGCUGGGCCAGGAGGAGCUGCUGGAGCCGGAGCAGCAGGCGCAGGCGCAGGUGGACCUCCCGGUGGUGUCUCUGGUCUUCCUCCUUCGUCUGCCUCGGGCCCCCCACCGCUGCAACAAGGCGGACAGACACGGAGCCAGCCAGUCGUCUACCCAUGGAGCCAGCGCUCUCUCACUAUGAACCCGCCUCGCUUCCUCGACGAGAGCCGACAGGUGCCUCCAGGCGCAGUGAGCCCCUCGCCAUUCCCCCGAUACGGGCACGCCGCCAACUCGAUUGCAAGCCCUGCAGGCGAGGUCUACCUUUUUGGUGGUCUGGUGCGGGAAAGCGUCAAGAACGACCUCUACAUCGGCGCCAUGACGCUCGGUGGGGUAAAUGCGACGCUGGUCCAGACUACCGGCGAGAUCCCCCCGCCCAGGGUCGGCCAUGCUACGAUUCUCGUCUCCAAUGUCCUCAUCCUCUGGGGUGGCGACACCAAGGUCAGAGCAGACGACAAACAGGACGAGGGUCUGUACCUCCUCAACCUCAGCACGCGCGAGUGGACCCGGGUCAAGCACGCCUCCGAAGACCCCAGUGCGGGCCCAGUUGGUCGGUAUGGCCACACCGUCUCCAUUGUCGGCUCGCGCUUCUACGUCUUUGGUGGCCAGGUCGAUGGCACAUUCAUGAACGACCUCUGGACCUUUGACCUCAACAGCCUCAAGGGCACGCCCACCUGGCAGGUCCUCAAGCCCACGGGCGAGCUGCCUCCUCGCCGGACAGGCCAUGCGAGCGUGACGUGCAAGGACAAGAUCUACAUCUUUGGCGGCACCGACGGCCAGUACCACUACAACGACACCUGGUGCUACGACAUUGCGACAAACGCCUGGAAGGAGCUCUCGUGCAUCGGCUAUAUUCCCGUGCCGCGAGAGGGCCAUGCCACGUGCCUGGUCGACGACGUCAUGUACAUCUUUGGUGGUCGCGGCGUCGACGGCAAGGAUCUGGGCGACCUGGCCAGCUUCAAGAUCUCGAAUCAGCGAUGGUACAUGUUUGCCAACAUGGGCCCGUCACCGAGCGGGCGGUCAGGACAUGCGCUGGCCACCUUUCAGAGCAAGGUCGUCGUGCUGGGCGGAGAGUCAUUCACGGGAGCUAAGCCAGAUGACCCCUCGAUUGUCUAUGUCCUCGACACGGCCAAGAUCAAGUACCCGCCCGACAAUGGCUCCAAGACGGGUACCACGUCGCGCAAGUCGACGGCGCCUGGCUCUGUCGAUGGCUCGCGGUCCAUGUCGCCCAACAGCACUGCUGGCCCUUCUGGCCCCGAGCGGUCCGUGUCGCCCACGCAGCGAGGGCCCAUCCCGCCGAGGCAGGGACAGAACGAGGGCAGCCUCGUCGGUAUUCUUGCCAAUCAGCAACAGCAGCAGCAGCAGUCUCCUCCCUCCCAGAUCAUGCAGCAGCAGCAGCAGCAGCAGCAACAGCCUCUCUCCCAAUAUACGCAGCAGGGCCAGCCGUCGCAGCAGCGAUCGCCACAGGAGUACCCUCAGCGGGCCAUCUCGCCCACGCAGCAGGCGAUCCGAGAGCAGCGGUCUGCCAAUCCCCUGCAGAGCGGUGCUGGAACGCCGCUGGGACAGUAUCCACAGAGCCCUGCGGCGGCUGGGGCAGCAGCAGCAGCGCAUGUACAGCAGUUCCAGCAGCAGCAGGCCGCCGUGGCCGCAGCUCAGCGGCAGCAGGGAGGCGGAGGAGCAGGCUCGCCCAGUGCCGUCAACGCCGGCAGUACCACGGCAACCAACUACAUGACCGGGUCUCCGGCGCCCCAGGAUGCCUUCCACUACGGCCAGGCUCCCGCGCAGAAUGGCUUCGUCAGCAAGGCUGCCACCUCUGCUUCCCCGACCACGGGCGUGUCCGCUGCCGAGGUCGAGGGCCUCAAGAAGCGAGAGGCGUGGAUGAAGGCGGCCUUGAGCCUGGCCGUCAAGCGAGGCUUUGUCGCGCCUGACCAGCUCGAGAUGCCUGACGGGACGAGUGCGUCAGCCAGGACGACGCCGGACCUGGGUCUUGACGACAUCGACACGGGUCUCGAGGGCAGCGAAAAGGACAAGGUCGUCCGGGCCAUCGUCACGCUCAAGACGCAGCUGUCGUAUGCGAAAGCUUCCAUUGCGCAGCAGGCGCAGAGCGAGGCGGACCGCAUCGCCGAGUCGGACCGUGCUCGGUCGGCUGCACUGCAGGAGGCGGCCUUCUACAGGGCUAAAUUGCACGCCAUUGAGACGCACAACCCGUCAGAAGUCUCGAGGCUGGACCGGGAGCGGCAGACGCAGUUUGAGAAGCAGCUGUCGGAUGCGCUGCGAGAAGUGUCGGAGCAGGAGCGGCAGAUCAACCGGCUGCGCGAGGAGCUCAACCUGGAGCAGCAGCUGCGCAGCUCUGCCGAGGAGCGCCUCUCGGAGACGGCCAAGCGCGCCAUGGCGGCCGAGGGUGCCCAGAUGAAGGCCCACGACGAGCUGGCGGCGCUGCAGAAGCGCACCUACAACCACGAGAGCCUGCUGCGGGACCACAAGGAGCGUGUGGCUUCCCUCACGUCGCUCGUCGCCAGACACCAGGCUGACCACGAGAGCGCACGGUCGCAGCUCGACGAGGCCAACGGCAGCGUCGGUCGCCACGUCAUGGCGCUCACCGAGCUCCAGGCGGCUCUCGCCGCGGCCACGGCGCGCGCCUCGGAGCACGAGCGCAUGCACUUCCAGCACCGCGACCUGGCUCAGCAGCACGAGUCCACGGUCCACCGGCUGCGCAACGAGCUGCAGGCCAAGACGGCCGAGUCGGACAACCACAGCGCGCGUGCCGCCGAGCUAGAGAACAUCGCUGCCGUGCACCGCGAAGAGGCCACGACGCACCGAACCGCAGCGAGCAACAGCCUGGCCUCGCUCCUGGCCAUGCACCAGGACCUCAAGGCGCGCCGCGACACGGCUGACGGCUCCGUGCCCACGCACAUCAACGACAAGAUGCGCGCCCUCACCGAGGAGACGGAGCAGCUCCGCCAGCUCCACUCGACGUCCAAGACGGCCGCCGACUCGGCCACGUCGUCGCUGCAGGAGAUGCGCGAGCGCAACAUCAGCCUCGAGAAGCAGCACUCGGGCCUCCAGUCGGAGCUGAGCGCGAUGCGGAGCCAGCUCGCCAUUGCGCUCCAGGAGGUUGCAAGGCUCAAGGACCAACACAGCAGCAAGGAGCUCGAGCUCCGCGAUCGAUCGCGCGCCGUCGAGGCGGCCCAGGUCAAGACGAGCCUGCUGAGGCAGGUCAUGGUCGAGCGUGGGCUCGCCGUGCCGGGCGACGAGGAGCUGAGCGCAAAGAGCGGGUACGCCGAGAAGCGCAUCAAGGAGCUCGAGGAGGAAGUCGAUGCCAGCUCGCGGGAGCUCCAAGAGACGGAGCACCGGCUCCGCGAUGCCUCGAGCCGCGUCGAGGAGCUGCAGCGCGAGGUCGAGCACUCCAACGCGGCGGGCCAGCGCGCGGCCGCCGGUGGCGCCGACGCCAGUGCGCUGGCGGCGUCCGAGAAGCGCGCCCAGCUGGCCGAGCGAGAAGUCGUCGAGACGACCAACACGUUCAAGGAGCGCCUGGCCCAGCUGGAGAACGACUACCAGACGGCGGUCCAGUUCGUCAAGGGCUCCGAAAAGAUGCUGCGGCGCAUGAAGGACGAGCUGACAAAGUACAAGUCGGAGAAUGCGCAGCUGCAGUCCGAGGUUGCUGCGCUCAAGUCGGGCCAGUCGGUCCCCGUCGACGGCGAGGCGGCAAAGGACAUCGAGGCGCUCCGCACCCGCCUCGUCCAGCUCACGCACCAGAACGAGGAGGUGUCGGUGGAGAACAGGGAGCUGGAGAGGCGCCUUGCUGCUCUCGAGGCCGAGGUGUCGAGGCUCGAUGGGAGCCUGCAGGGUGUCCGACGCGAGCUGCAGGAGACGCUCGCGCUCAACCAGCACCUCAGCUCCGAGCUGGCCCUCGCCUCCAAGGGUGGCAAUGGCGCCGGCGCCGGUGCCAAUGGGACGGCGCUCGCAAAGGAUCUCGAUGCGGCGCAGGUCCACGUCGAGCAGCUCAAGGCGGAAAACACCAGCCUGGCGCAGCGGCUACAAGACACCGAGGACAAGUUCCAGCUCCUGCUCGGCCGCAUGGAGACGGGCAACCCUGGGUCAGAUGGCCUGAACACGGCGGCACACGAGGGCGAGACGCGGGACAGCCAAGCCUUCAGCAUCACCUCUGAACUCGACAAGUGGGAGCGGGACCGUGACCAAGCCGCCGCCGCUCAGCCCUAG